AUGCACCGACCUGACGAAGAGAAAACAGCGUUCAUAACGCCGAGGGGGAUAUAUUGUUACAAGGUAAUGCCAUUCGGCCUGAAGAACGCCGGGGCCACUUACCAAAGGCUAAUGAACAAGAUAUUCAGCGACCUCAUAGGCAGGACGGUGGAAGUCUAUGUGGACGAUAUCCUGGCCAAGACCACUCGCCCUGAGGACCUCCUAAGCGACCUAGGAAAUGUGUUCGCGGCCCUCCGACGACACGGCAUGAGGCUCAACCCCCUCAAAUGUGCCUUUUCCAUGGAGGCCGGGAAAUUCCUAGGAUUUAUGAUAACUCAAAGGGGGGUGGAAGCUAAUCCUGAAAAAUGCCAAGCGAUACUUAAAAUGAGGAGCCCGGGCUGCAUCAAAGACGUUCAGAGACUGGCAGGAAGGCUCACCGCACUAUCUCGCUUCCUUGGGGCAUCGGCAGCGAAAGCCCUGCCUUUCUUCAACCUGAUGAGAAAGGGGAUAGCGUUUGAAUGGACUCCAGCGUGCGAGGAAGCGUUCAAUCACUUCAAAGAGAUCCUUGCAACGCCACCUGUACUCGCUCGGGAAGUCGAAUCUACGAGGUUGGAAGUGUGCAGCGACUCACAGGUCGUUACCUCGCAAGUGAACGGAAGCUACCAAGCUAGGGACUCGCUAUUGCAAAAGUACUUGGAGAAGGUCAAAGAGCUGGCCAAACAGUUCGAAGAGGUUGCAGUCCAACACGUUCCAAGGGAAAGGAACACACGGGUAGACCUCCUAUCUAAGCUAGCAAGCAUGAAACCGGGGGUGGGCAACAGAUCCCUCAUUCAAGGAAUGAUAAAGGAACCGGCAGUCGCCCUCCACCUGACAAAGAUAGGCCCCUCAUGGAUGGACCCCAUCACUGACUUCCUGGAAAACGGAAAACUCCCUGAAGAUGAGAAGGAAGCUAAAGCAUUGAGAAGGGAGGCGGCCAGAUAUGAGAUCAUACAAGGCCAACUAUUCAAAAAGAGACUUAGCCAGCCCUUGCUGAAGUGUCUUCAUCCCGACCAAACGGACUACGUACUCAGAGAAGUCCACGAGGGAUGCUGUGGUCACCACAUUGGGGGCAAAUCCCUAGCAAGAAAGCUCAUCCGAGCUGGAUAUUACUGGCCGUCGAUGAUGGUCGACUCAAAAGAGUUCGGAGUCGAUCUACUCGGACCUUUCCCGGUUGGCCCGGGGCAAGUCAAAUACCUCAUAGUCGCCAUCGACUACAACACCAAAUGGAUAGAGGCUGAACCACUGGCGAGCAUAUCCUCAGCCAAUUGUCGAAAGUUCAUGUGGAGACAGAUGAUAACUCGAUUUGGCAUACCGGAAGUCGUCAUCUCUGACAACGGGACACAGUUCACCGACAAGAAAUUCAUGGAGUUCCUUGCCGGCCUGGGCAUAAAGCAGAAAUUCUCCUCAAUAGAACAUCCCCAGACAAACGGUCAAGUUGAGGCCACAAACAAAGUCGUCUUGCUAGGCCUCAAGAAGCGGCUGGACAACAAAAAAGGGGCAUGGGCCGACGAACUCGCCUCGGUUCUCUGGUCCUACCGAACAACCGAGCAAUCCUUCACAGGUGAAACCCCUUUCCGCCUGACCUACGGAGUGGACGCAAUGAUACCCGUUGAGAUCGGCGAGCCAAGCCCACGAUUACUUCUGAAGGGAGUAGAGGAAGCGGUGGAAAAAGAUUUAGCAGACAAGGCUAGGGAGAUAGCCCAUUUGUCAGAAAUAGCACUAAAACAAAGAAUGGCCCUACGCUACAACUCCAAAGUACUCAAGAGGGAAUUUGAGCAAAACGACCUUGUCCUACGGCGCAACGACAUCGGGCUACCGACCCAAGGAGAAGGUAAACUGGCGGUGAACUGGGAAGGCCCCUACAGAGUCAAAGAAGUGAUAGGCAAGGGCGCCUACAAACUAGAGAAGCUCGAUGGAAGGGAGAUCCCAAGAACUUGGAACGCAAGUAACCUGAGAAGGUUUUACUCCUAG